UUCGGCCCUAAAGAAAUUCUAGAAGCCAUCCCAUCCACCGAAAGAAAGAAGAAGCGUGGAAAAAGCGCAAAGGGGAGAGCUGGGGCGGCUCACGCUCGGGAUAUCAACGCUUAAUCUACACCGUAGCUCCUCUUCCCCGUAAUUCUGUCCAGGACUUGGUGGGUUGGGGUCAAUUAUCCACAAUAAGGCCUCUCUAUUCGCUUCUCGAUAUGUACCGAGGAAAAGAAUCUAAAUUGCGGUGGUACGAGGAAUUGAUUUUUUGUGAGGUGUUGUUUGCAUGACAGAACAAGUUGAGCAGAGGACAGCGGGAAAAACUGCAGCAGUUCAUGACAAUUACUGGAGCAAGUGAAAAAGUUGCAGUCCAGGCUCUAAAGUCUAGUGAUUGGCAAUUUGAAGGAGCAUUUGAUAUAUUUUAUAGUCAUCCCCAUGUGAAGUCGGUUGCUGAUACAAGGCAUUUGGAGGAGCUUUAUAAUAGAUACAAAGAUCCCUAUGCUGAUAUGAUCUUGGCUGAUGGAAUCACUCUUCUGUGCAAUGACCUUCAGGUUGAUCCUCAAGAUAUUGUCACGUUGGUGAUCUCUUGGCAUAUGAAGGCAGCUACCAUGUGUGAAUUCUCAAAGCAGGAGUUUAUGGGAGGAUUACAAUCUCUUGGCAUCGAUUCAAUAGAAAAGUUCAGAGAAAGAAUUCCGUUUUUGCGUUCAGAGCUGAAAGAUGAACAUAAGUUCGGAGAGAUCUAUAACUUUGCAUUUAGCUGGGCAAAAGAGAAGGGUCAGAAGUCUUUGGCACUGGAUACUGCUAUCGGCAUGUGGCAAUUACUGUUUGCAGAAAAGCAAUGGUCAUUAGUCGAUCAUUGGUGCCAGUUCUUGCAGGCACGGCACAACAAGGCAAUCUCCCGGGAUACCUGGUCCCAGCUGCUCGAGUUCGCCAGGUCAGUUGAUCCUGCAUUAUCGAACUACGACCCGGACGGUGCUUGGCCAUAUCUGAUCGAUGAAUUCGUCGACUAUUUGGCUGAAAAUGGCAUAGUUCAGAAAGUCAAGUCUAGCGAAUGGAACUACAACCUCUGACCCUAUUUAUGGAAAAGCUCUGUAACCACUUCCUUCCGGCUUCUUCCUCCUUCCGACGACAACCAUUAUAUUUAUGAAAACAUUUGUUGUUUAAAAGAAAAGAAGAAAAGAAAGAAAAAGACAACCAAAUUCGUGUGCAAAAAAUGUUGUGGGAGUUUGUGUAAAAGCAGCAGUUUGCUACCCAUUGGUCCAUUAAGAACAAAUUCAUUUCUUGUUGUGAUGAAUUUAGGAUUCUAAGUUGGUUUUUAUGCAACAAAAUUAUUUAUCCUUA